CAAAAAGGAUAUCCUUGCCGCUAAUUUCAUCAUCCAUGAAAUCCACUGUAGCAGAAACAUUGAAGUGUGCCGCUACUGCGGCGAGUCAGUCCCGAAGUCUGAGAUGAAGAAUCACAUUGAGUCUGAACACAUGCAGGUUACCUGCAAGUGUAGGAUGAAGAUGGAAAACAGUCUCUUGAGGGAUCAUGAGGCAUCGGCGUGCCCGCUGCGUCCUGCCCUCUGCCAGUACUGCGACAUCCAGCUUCCCUUUGACAAGCUCCAUGACCACGAAAUUUAUUGCGGAGCUCGGACCGAGGCGUGUGGUGCCUGCGGUCGUAACGUCAUGGUGAAAGAUCUGAAAGAGCAUCCUCGAGUCUGCAGGGAAGAGGUGAAACGAGGAAGAGGGCACCGGACAGCACCUCGCUUUGAGGGUGAGGAUGCAGAUUUGUGUGCCCUUCGAGACAUCAGAAACCGGCUGAGAUCAGGUAACUAUGCUGGGCCUUUGCAGAGGAGGCCUAAGGUGCUAGAAAAGCAGAUUUAUAGCAGCUGCGUUUGAGACAAAACCCUUAAGGAUGUCAGCAGAAGAAAUCUUUCAGCAGUACAGAGAAAUUAGAAUGAAGAGCAUGAACUGGAGCAGUUGGAGAGAAAUGAAAACAAUCAUUCUUCAUUUUACGACGAAUGGAACGCUGAUUUAGACUACGUGCUGGCCCUUAGCCUCCAGAGUGAGAAUAAUCCUCCUGAUAAUGCUGCAGCUGAAAUGUCCAGUGACUUCUGGGAGAACUGCUACACCAAAGAGUCUGUGCCAUCUGCCUGUCUUAAUGAAACAGACAAGUCAAAUAUCUUCUCCUGUGACUCUUCAGGGUCUUUUAGCACAUCAAACUACAGAAAAAAAGGAGACGUUUUGAUUCCGUGUGAAUUUUGUGGCAUCCAGCUGGAGGAGGAGACGCUCUUUCAUCAUCAGCUCCACUGUGACCUGCGCCCCGCCAGCCCUGCAGCCAGCUUUCCAUCUCGGCAACCACUGUCUCCUCAAGCCAACCGAGAGAAGAGACAAUCACCAGAACUGCCUCGGAGACGACUCAGGCACCAAGGAGAUGUUUCUCCUGGGCGCACAGAAGGCUUUGGGCAGCAGAGGCUCAACUAUCUCGCCCAAGGGACCAAGUCACUAAAUAAUACAGCAAACACCCAGAAUGCACCGUCAUCCUCUUCGGCAAGAGCUGGCAACGCUCCCUCCUUGAGAGAGAAGCCCAGGAAGGCGGCUGGCAGCGAGGGAAGAGGGAGGCCCAGAGGUGCAGGCGGAUUCGCAGCACCAACACCAGAGGAGGAAGGAGCCUCAGGAUGUCAGACGUUCCCAUUGGCUUCAGCCGCAGGAGGACCAAGGCAAAAGCCCAGAGCCCAGCAUCUGGACAUCCAGAGGAGAAGUGAUCCACCUUGUUUACUGCUCGACACGCUGCGACUAUGGUACUCAUUUAUCUGA